CCACACGUUGACCUAAUCCAAAUGAUACACAGAAGUGGACACAGGAAAUAUAUGAUUACCAGUAAUUUAAGUUAAUGAAUUCAAAAUAACGGGUAAAUAAAAAUUUAAAAGCAGACUUUGAUAAGGUAAUCAGUUUAAUUUAAAAUAUUUGCUUUGAUAGUUGAAUAAAAAAAAAAACAAGUUCACAAAGUCAUUUCAGUUUCAUAAUAUUUUAUUAAUUAAAUAAAUUUAUUAUUACUGCAAAACAUUAACAUAAAGACAACAAAAUGUGUAGGAACAAAUAAAUAUUGAAUACAAUUAUUAACCUCUAAUGAUGUUAACACAAGAACUUAUCAACCCUACAAUUAUAAUCAUUUGAAGUCAAAGAAUGGAUAAAUCAUAGUUUCAGAUGAACUGUAAUGAAGAUAACAUAAUUUGAAGAAAUUAAUGUUCUUCAAUUAUAAUAACUUGGUUUAAAAAAUAAAUGUUUGACGUUUUCUUAAGUGUGCAAUGAACACUCAUAAAACAAAUGUAUUUAACCAUUAAAACUGGGAAAAGAUAUAAAUGUCCUCUGUGUAAUUCAUACUUGUCAUGUGUGAAGUUUCUUAUCGAAGACAGCACUUACCUAAAUCCAGUAUAUUUAAACUGUUUAUCUGUUGGAUAUUGAAUGCAUCAAUUACAUUAACUGACAAUAACUCGGGACAUCAAAUAUCCGACAAUAACUCGGGACAUCAAAGAUCCGACAAUAACUCGGAAGAUCAAAGAUCCGACAAUAACUCGGGACAUCAAAGAUCCGACAAUAACUCGGGACAUCAAAGAUCCGACAAUAACUCAGAACAUCAAAUAUCCGACAAUAACUCGGGACAUCAAAGAUCCGACAAUAACUCGGGAGAUCAAAGAUCUGACAAUAACUCGGGACAUCAAAGAUCCGACAAUAACUCGGGACAUCAAAGAUCAGACAAUAACUCGGGAGAUCAAAGAUCCGACAAUAACUCGGGAGAUCAAAGAUCUGACAAUAACUCGGGACAUCAAAGAUCUGACAAUAACUCGGGAGAUCAAAGAUCCGACAAUAACUCGGGAGAUCAAAGAUCAGACAAUAACUCGGGAGAUCAAAGAUCUGACAAUAACUCGGGACAUCAAAGAUCAGACAAUAACUCGGGAGAUCAAAGAUCCGACAAUAACUCGGGAGAUCAAAGAUCUGACAAUAACUCGGGACAUCAAAGAUCUGACAAUAACUCGGGAGAUCAAAGAUCCGACAAUAACUCGGGAGAUCAAAGAUCAGACAAUAACUCGGGAGAUCAAAGAUCUGACAAUAACUCGGGAGAUCAAAGAUCUGACAAUAACACGGGACAUCAAAGAUCUGACAAUAACUCGGGACAUCAAAGAUCUGACAAUAACUCGGGACAUCAAAGAUCUGACAAUAACUCGGGAGAUCAAAGAUCUGACAAUAACUCGGGAGAUCAAAGAUCAGACAAUAACUCGGGAGAUCAAAGAUCCGACAAUAACUCGGGAGAUCAAAGAUCUGACAAUAACUCGGGACAUCAAAGAUCUGACAAUAACUCGGGAGAUCAAAUAUCUGACAAUAACUCGGAAGAUCAAAGAUCCGACAAUAACUCUGGAGAUCAAAGAUCUGACAAUAACACGGGACAUCAAAGAUCCGACAAUAACUCGGGAGAUCAAAGAUCAGACAAUAACUCGGGAGAUCAAAGAUCAGACAAUAACUCGGGAGAUCAAAGAUCCGACAAUAACUCGGGAGAUCAAAGAUCUGACAAUAACUCGGGAGAUCAAAGAUCCGACAAUAACUCGGGACAUCAAAGAUCCGACAAUAACUCGGGAGAUCAAAGAUCAGACAAUAACUCGGGAGAUCACAGAUCAGACAAUAACUCGGGAGAUCAAAGAUCUGACAAUAACUCGGGAGAUCAAAGAUCUGACAAUAACACGGGACAUCAAAGAUCCGACAAUAACUCGGGAGAUCAAAGAUCAGACAAUAACUCGGGAGAUCAAAGAUCAGACAAUAACUCGGGAGAUCAAAGAUCAGACAAUAACUCGGGAGAUCAAAGAUCUGACAAUAACUCGGGAGAUCAAAGAUCCGACAAUAACUCGGGACAUCAAAGAUCCGACAAUAACUCGGGACAUCAAAGAUCAGACAAUAACUCGGGAGAUCAAAGAUCUGACAAUAACUCGGGAGAUCAAAGAUCCGACAAUAACUCGGGAGAUCAAAGAUCAGACAAUAACUCGGAACAUCAGAGAUCUGACAAUAACUCGGGACAUCAAAGAUCCGACAAUAACUCAGGACAUCAAAGAUCAGACAAUAACUCGGGAGAUAAAAGAUCUGAUAACUCGGGACAUCAAAGAUCCGACAAUAACUCGGGACAUCAAAGAUCAGACAAUAACUCGGGAGAUCAAAGAUCUGACAAUAACUCGGGAGAUCAAAGAUCAGACAAUAACUCGGGACAUCAGAGAUCUGACAAUAACUCGGGAGAUCUGAAACCCCUCCGCCCUGGAAUACAUGUUACUAGUCCAGUUCUAAACAGAUGGUAUCAGAAGAUUUGAAGCAGAAAGAGACAAUAACCUGUAUACAAUGUUUACAUGUUAUGUAGGAACAUUAACAUUUUAUCAAUAUAUUCUUCUGUUUGAGGUAUUGUAAUUAUCUGGCAAUAAGCCCAUGUAUAUAAAAAUAACCCUGCAUUUUUUGCCGUUCUAUAAGUUACUAACAACUGUAACUUCUUCUUUGUCCAGUACACCCUCUGACUUUGAGGCUAUGACUUGGUCCCUGAGAUUGGAUAGAUGUGAUUAAGGAUUAACUGUUUACCGCAACAUCAGUUUCAUCACUGAUGUAAACAACAGACUGAAUAUGUAAAAUGUUAAAUGUGCAUGACAUUUGUAGUCAGGGUGGAAUGUUUUACACCCACAAAAUUUUGAACCAACAAAAA